AUGGAUCGGCUCUCCGCUCGUACCAGGACUGGUAGUGUAGGAGCUUCCGUGUCCAAAAUCGCAGUCAUAGGCGCCGGCCCCGUCGGCGUCGCGUGCGCCAAAUAUCUCGUCGCGGAAAAGGCGUUCUCAAAGAUCGACAUAUACGAGCAGCGCGACCGAGUGGGCGGGAUAUGGAACUUAUCUGAGCCCCCGCGGUCAAAGCGUAUACCGAUACCGCAGACGGAUCCGCGGUAUGGCCAUGGCCACCACGAGGACGGGGCAACGUCCUCGGAUCUGAACCACCGCAAAGACGGUGUGGCCGCAUCGGAAGAUCUGCUGGAGUCGUUGGAGUUCGAAUCGCCACUGUACGACUAUCUGGAGACGAAUAUUCCGAAGGAACUAAUGGCGUUCUCUGAUAAGCCCUUUCCAGAGGACGAACCGCUGUUUCCGAGUCAUCCGGCGGUGUUGCAGUAUUUGGAAGAGUACGCCGAUGAUGUGCGGCAUUUGAUCCGGUUCGGCACGGCCGUGAGGGAUGUUCGUCCGGCUGUGGAUCAAGAUACAGAUGGGGGACACGAAAGGCGGGAUUUUACAGACACAGGCAAGGGACACGAAAGAUGGGAUCUCACGGCCCAGGACAUCAGGAGUCACGAAACAGUGAAAGAGAGCUAUGAUGCCGUGGUCGUUGCGAAUGGGCACUACACUAUACCGCACGUGCCUGAUAUCAAGGGCCUUGAGGAGUGGAAUGCCGCGUACCCCGGGGUCAUCAUCCACUCAAAGGCCUACCGACGGCCCGAGGAUUACAGAGACAAAAAGGUGAUAGUGAUCGGGAACUCUGCGUCGGGACUGGACAUUGCUGCGCAGAUUGGGAAGUAUUGUCAGAAGCCAGUCCUGCUCUCGUCGAGGUCAGUAUCGGCCUUUAGAACCUUGCCAGCACGCGGUGGGGACCAAGAAGACGUCGACGAGAUUGUGGAGUUCCUACCACAUGACCCAAACAUGCAGAGAGCCGUGCGCUUUAAGAGCGGGAGGAUAGAAAAGAACAUCGAUGCAGUGGUCUUCGCCACGGGUUAUUUCUAUUCAUAUCCGUUCCUGGCGAACGUGUCCCCCGCAAUCAUCACCGACGGAUUGAGGACAAAAGGCACGUACGAGCAUCUGUUCAGCAUUGACCACCCGACACUGGCGUUCCCUGUGAUCAAUCUCAAGGUGAUCCCUUUCCCACUGUCGCAGAACCAGGCCGCCGUGUUGGCUAGGAUAUGGAGCGGUCGACUCAGAUUGCCUCCUACGCAGGAGAUGCGAGAUUGGGAGCGACAAGUGAUCCGGAAGAACGGUGAUGGGAAGAACUUUCACCUCAAGAGGUUCCCUGAAGACGCGGCUCAAAUCAACGAGCUGUUUGCAUGGGCACUGGAGGCGGAGAGGAAAGAGGGGCUCGAGAAGGAAGGGCUGGGGAAGUUAGGCACCAGUUGGGGUGAACGGCAGGUGUGGAUGAGGUCGAGGUUUCCUGAUAUCAAGGCUGCGUACGCGGCGAAGGGCGAGGACAGGGUCACGGUUAGGAGGAUCGAGGAGCUCGGGUUUGACUUUGAUAGAUGGCGGGAACAUGCUGAGGACAAAGACUUGGACAUGUUUCAACGUGCCAAAUGUGCCCAGGCGAAGAGGUAG